AAAAAAAAACGAAGGCGCGAUGUUCCGUCAGCCAGUCGCCAAUCUCACAGAAAAAGACUGCUGCAUGAGGCCGGCGAGACAGACUGAAAGAGCCUACUAAGACACACAACGAGAAGGGACCGCGUGCAUGGUCGCAGCUGGUGCCCACUGCAACGCUCUACUGAUGGAAGGCGCUGUGAUGUGUCGCUCCGGCGUUGGUUGCUGUGUUUCAUCCGCGCCUUUGAGCCUUAGCCACAAGUUCUCCGAUGAUGCAACAACCAGCAGUUCAUGCCACUUCAUGGUAACCACCACAUCCCAUACCGAGCUCAAAAGAUUGAUAGAUGCCUGAACUCCCGUUUCCCUUCCAAAAAGGGACGCCCACAUUGAGCGCCGACCACCAUGUCUUAUUUUGCUUUGACGACGCGCCUGCUAAACAUGCAAAAGCGCACAGCGCGCAUAUGACAAGGUUACAGCCUGCUUUGGCAUGGUCACCUCAAUAUAUUCGAGCUUGGCGCAAGUAUGUAGAGCAAGAUUCUACUUACAAAGACGUUUGGGUGAGUCCUCACGAACUACAGGCGCCUGAAAAGCUUCACUUCUCUCUGAUUCCCUGGCGCCUGGACAAUGAGCCGACGCUGCCAAAGCUGUCUAUACAGGAUGCAGAGUUUGUUUUCAGCCUUCCAGACCUGCUAGAAGCGCACUUGGACGUACGCGGUCGCGAUCGCGACUCAAGGGCGAAUGUAACAUUCUGUUCUUGUUGCUGGAGAAACCCGCUGACUUUAGAUCGUCAAUGAUUUUUACUCGACUGCUCCGACUUUCGAUGAGGCGUGUCUCUCUAUCGAACAUCUCAUCACUCAAUUGGAGGCUACAAUGCGCGGUGCAAUCGGCGUGAUCCACCCAGAGCACGAUAUGCAGCUUCGGGAAGAUUCACGCUAGUGGAGCUAUGGUCAGCCUGGCGACUCGAGCAUACCUCAGAGGCAUUUGCAGAAAAGUCAAAUUGGGCAUUCAGACUUAUCAAGGGACUCGGUAUUCUCGCGAUUCUGAUUCUGUCGUGCUAAUCAAUCAGCUUUCUUGCGCAGACCAAAAUACAUACCUAAGUACCAAAUGGAUGGCUGUGCGCGGAAUCGAGUGCCACACAUCUCGCCCCCACUUCUCGACAUUUCGGUCGGGUGUACACUUCAGUACGUCACAGCUUGG